UUGUAAUGCUUCGUUAAAUACAGAUUUUGGUGAAUAUAGCUCAAAAUUUAAGAUUUAGCGCUACUUGCUAAUUUUUUAUUAUUUGUUAAUGAAUUCAAUGAAUACCUUUUUUGAUGAUUUAAAACCAAAGAAUUUAAAAAUAGAAACCAUAACAUCUAAGUCACAGAAGUCCUCUUUAGAUAAAGAGGAAUGUACUAGAGAUGUUAUAUUAAAUGAAAUAACAGGGGAGAUACAUGAAUGUGAUCUCAUUGAUAGUGAGAAUAUAUCAGAAGAUAUAUUUAUUCCCAAAGAUUCUGCAGCACUUAAGCUUAGUAAUGAUUCUGACUCUAUGUCCUCUGUUGGAUCAUCUAGUUCAUAUUAUAAAUGUCCUAAGAGAAAGAAUAAUGAUAUAGAUAACUUUAGGAAACUAAUAAAAUUAAAAGAAGAUAUAACAUUAAUAACCAUGGAAAUGCUUAAAAAUAAAUCAACUAAAUAUGGAAUAUGUCUAAUGUUGAAAGAAAAAUUAGAUGAUUGUACCAAACAGGACAAAAAAGAAUUAACAACUAGAAUAUUUGAUAUUAUAAAAGAUUAUUGAUUAAAAUUAAUUUGUAUAUAUUUUUGUUAUUUGAAAUAGAUAUUUUGUAUGUAUUAAUAU